AUCACGUAAUCAUCGACGACGACAAAGUGAAGUCCUGCAUGAUUCUGGAUUUCAAAAUCCACUGUAUUUGUCAUCAUCGAAAACAAUUUUUUUUCGUGGGGUGAAAUUGAAAAAAGAAAUCAUCGUGUUGUCUGACGCCACAAAAAUUCGUAGUUUUUUCUUGCAUGUCUGUGUGAAAUUCUUCUUGGCCACGCCCGGUUCCGCCGCCACUGUUUGUCAUCAUGUCAUGUUGUAAUAAUCUCCAAAUAAUCCCCGCUGCACGGAGCUGAUAGCUUAUGCCAAUAGAUCUGAUAAAAACGUCUCUUAAACUUGCGUCAGAAUUUGAAUCGGCUUAAUUCUUCAAUUGAAUUGAUUAACAAGCGGAAAUAUUAUUUGCUUGUAAAAAUAUGCCACACUUGGUAUCUCAAACCAUAAUGCUUUCAUCACACAUGAGUUUGCAAAAGAAAUUAUCCCUAGAGUCAAGAGUUCAGGUGGAAGAUUUCAGCUUCGAAACACGAAUCGUUGAAGCCAGUCAUCAAACAGCGCUGGGCUGAACAGUUUAGGCGUCUUGAUACUUCACCCAAGGAUUUUUCCAUUCUCUUUCUUGUCAGUGUCUUUCUAGCGCGCAUUCGGCUUCGAAUUAGCAUUGCGUGCGCGCACCUUGCGUCGUGAUGUCUACCCUGGAAAGUGGCCGGUUCGACGCUGAGCAAAAAGAAUGCCCGGAUGAAAUCGAGGAUGAUACGUCUCCAAACGGCAACGAAGAGACGAAGGCAUUUUUGAACGAUCAACCUUCGAACUUUGUUCGACUUACGUACUCUAUCGACGACAACCCCCCCUGGUAUAUGUCUCUAUUUCUCGGAUUUCAGCACUAUCUGACAAUGUUUGGAGGUACCGUGGCGUUACCUUUGCUCAUUGCCAAGUUUUUGUGUGUCGGAAACAACGGAAUCGCGAAAAGUCAACUGAUUUGUACGAUAUUUUUUGCAUCUGGCAUCGCAACACUGCUUCAAAGCACAGUCGGCGUCCGUUUGCCUAUCAUUCAGGGAGGAACGUUUAGUUUUUUGGCGCCAACCAUCGCUAUUUUAACACUGCCAAAAUGGAGAUGCCCCGAAACGUUAAAAGAACCAAAAUCAGUUCAAAAAGAUAAUUCAUCGUGCUGGAAAAAUGUCUGUACGAACAAUAAAGCCCUCGAUUUGCCUUCGUUUUUAAAAGACGGCAAUGAUUCAUCACCAGUUCUAAAAAAGAAGAAAGUGGAUCCAGAUGCUUGGAAAGAGAGGAUGCGAGAGGUCCAAGGGGCGAUCAUUGUGGCUUCAUUAUUUCAGGUGAUUAUUGGCGCGACGGGCACUAUGGGAUUUCUGAUGAAAUAUAUUGGACCCCUCACAGUAACUCCAUCCAUUUCUCUAAUUGGUCUUUCUUUAUUUGAUGUCGGUGCAGAUCAUGCUUCAAAACAUUGGGGAAUUGCGAUUUUAACAAUAGCGCUUGUUAUUCUUUUCUCCCAAUACUUGAAGAAUUUGAAAGUACCAUUGCCUGCUUACAGCAAAGCGAAUGGCGUUUACAGCAUACGUGUUGCCCUCUUCGAACUUUUCCCGGUUCUAUUUGCUGUUGUUUUGGCCUGGUUUUUCUGCAUCAUUCUGACCGCUGCAGGCUCCUUUGAGAAAGGUCACGCUGCAAGGACGGACAAAACAGUGUCAUUGCUGCACGAUGCUCCGUGGUUUAGGAUCCCUUAUCCAGGUCAGUGGGGAACACCAACGGUAUCCGUCGCCUCUGUUAUUGGCAUGAUCGCGGGCGUCAUGGCCGGUAUGAUAGAAUCUGUUGGCGAUUACUACGCAUGCGCGCGCUUGGCGGGCGCGCCUGCGGUGCCACAACAUGCGAUCAAUCGAGGAAUCUUGAUAGAAGGCCUGUGCUGUGUGCUGGCCGGUGCUUUUGGUAGCGGAACGGGAACUACGUCGUACAGCGAGAAUAUUGGCGCUAUUGGAAUUACAAAGGUAGGCAGCCGUCGAGUGAUACAAUUCGGUGGUAUUUUCAUGGUAGUUCUUGCCGUGCUGGGGAAAUUUGGUGCGCUGUUUGCGACAAUUCCUGAGCCAAUUAUCGGAGGUGUUUUCAUCAUUAUGUUCGGAAUGGUGACGGCUGUAGGUUUGUCCAAUCUUCAGUUCGUCGACCUGAACUCUGCGAGGAAUUUGUUUAUACUUGGUUUUAGUAUUUUUAUUGGAUUGGUCGUCCCCAAAUGGGUGAAACCACGCGGGGAUGCCAUUGAUACAGGGUCUGAAGUUUUGGAUUCGGUCCUGUAUGUACUGCUGACAACGGGUAUGUGGGUUGGAGGAAUGGUCGGGCUUUUCCUGGAUGUGACCCUUUCCGGAACCGACGAAGAACGAGGCAUUCUGAAAUGGCGUAAAACACACGAAUGCCAAAGCGGCGAAGUCCAUAUUGAAAGGGCCUCAAUUCAUACCUAUGAUAUCCCUUUUCUCACUUCCCGCUUACAAAAGUUCCCUAUAGUUCGUCAUGUCCCUUUUCUUCCCUACUACGGGGAGAAAGAGGACAUCGAGGACCUCAGGAAUGGAAAGGAUGCGAUGAUGGAUAAUGAGAGUGAAAAGAAAUCUAAGUUGGUGGGUGAGGAUGGGAUAGAAACAGUUAUGUGAGUUACUACAUUUUAACCAACCCGCAUGAACACGAGCGCCCUGGUUUAUUAUUUACCUUGGGAUAUGUUGCUAUUCGCACCAUAUUAACUUUUUAUAUGAAAAUUAAGUGAUAAGUAUAUCUAUUUUAAGCGUGAAUUUUGGUCCAUAGAGCAUAUUAGACAGUGGACACUCGUUUGGCAUUACUGGUGUAUAAUCCACCAUGAUCGAUGACCAAUUGAAAAAUUGGGGACAAUAUUGUUGCAAUUUGGGAGUUAAUU